AAGUAAUCGAGUCCAAAGCAGGAGAGUAGACAGCAAAGACUUCUACAAAUAUGAAAGCAGAAUGAGAGUUGAAGACUUGAAGCAUUUCAAAGACACAACAACAAGAACUGACGCAAGAACAGAUAAUGGAGUUUAAAGAGGCAUUUUGUCUGUUUGACAAAGAUGGUGAUGGUUGCAUCACUGCUGAUGAACUUGCCACUGUGAUCCGGUCGUUGGACCAGAAUCCGACCGAACAAGAACUUCAAGAUAUGAUCAAUGAGAUCGACUCUGAUGGUAACGGAACCAUCGAAUUCUCUGAGUUCCUCAACCUCAUGGCCAACAAAAUCCAGGAAACUGAUGCAGAUGAGGAGCUGAAAGAAGCAUUCAAAGUGUUUGACAAAGACCAAAAUGGCUACAUCUCUGCCAGUGAGUUGAGACAUGUAAUGAUCAGUCUUGGGGAGAAGCUUACAGAUGAAGAGGUUGAUCAAAUGAUAAAGGAGGCAGAUUUAGACGGUGAUGGUCAAGUCAAUUAUGAUGAAUUUGUGAGGAUGAUGAUGGCCAGUGGUUAAUGUAUUUUACCCGUUAAUGUAUGAUCUUUAUAUAAUUUGUUUAUCUUUUUAUCUUCUUCAGAAUACUAUAUUUCACUUUCCUAUUAAAUUAAACUAAGUUAUUUGUAUUCGAUUUUUUUUGUAUUAACAUGUAUGGCUGGCAAUAAUCACUAUUUCAUUUU